AGCGGAGGAGGAGGAGGAGGAGCUCCGCGCUUGCGCCCCAGGCGGGGCGGCGUGGGCGGCGAGGCGGCUUCAGAGGCUAAAGGUCCUCAGAGCGAGGAGCGGCCGCCGUCGAGGUGGGAGGCUCGCUCGGGCUCGGUUGCCAAGAUGCCGGCGGUGUCGAAGGGGGACGGGAUGCGCGGCCUGGCCGUCUUCAUCUCCGACAUCAGGAACUGUAAGAGCAAAGAAGCUGAGAUAAAAAGAAUAAACAAAGAACUGGCAAACAUUAGAUCAAAAUUUAAAGGUGAUAAAGCCCUUGAUGGCUACAGUAAGAAAAAGUAUGUCUGCAAGCUGCUUUUCAUUUUCCUCCUGGGACAUGAUAUCGAUUUUGGCCACAUGGAGGCUGUGAAUCUACUGAGUUCGAACAAAUAUACAGAGAAGCAAAUUGGCUAUUUGUUCAUCUCUGUACUUGUGAAUUCAAAUAGUGAGUUGAUACGGCUGAUAAACAAUGCAAUUAAGAAUGACUUGGCCAGCCGCAAUCCCACUUUCAUGGGGCUAGCUUUGCAUUGUAUUGCCAACGUGGGUAGCAGAGAGAUGGCGGAAGCAUUUGCUGGAGAAAUUCCAAAAAUUCUUGUAGCUGGAGAUACCAUGGACAGCGUGAAGCAGAGUGCAGCUCUUUGCUUGCUACGAUUGUACCGAACCUCUCCUGAUCUGGUUCCUAUGGGAGACUGGACAUCAAGAGUUGUACAUCUUCUCAAUGACCAGCAUCUGGGUGUGGUUACAGCUGCUACUAGCUUGAUCACCACGCUGGCCCAAAAGAAUCCAGAUGAAUUUAAAACCUCAGUAUCUUUGGCUGUCUCCAGGCUCAGCAGGAUUGUGACAUCUGCAUCAACGGAUCUCCAAGAUUAUACCUAUUACUUUGUUCCCGCCCCAUGGUUGUCUGUGAAGCUUCUUAGGCUACUACAGUGCUACCCACCCCCAGAAGACCCUUCGGCACGAGGACGUCUCACUGAGUGUCUGGAAACUAUUCUUAACAAAGCUCAAGAACCUCCCAAAUCCAAGAAAGUGCAGCACUCAAAUGCAAAGAAUGCAGUGCUGUUUGAAGCAAUUAGUUUAAUUAUCCAUCAUGACAGUGAGCCAAACCUGCUUGUUCGCGCCUGUAAUCAGUUAGGCCAGUUCUUGCAGCACCGGGAAACUAAUCUUCGUUACCUAGCAUUGGAAAGCAUGUGCACGCUUGCCAGCUCUGAGUUUUCACACGAGGCCGUGAAAACACACAUAGAAACAGUAAUCAAUGCAUUGAAGACUGAGAGAGAUGUGAGUGUACGACAGAGGGCUGUGGAUCUCCUGUAUGCCAUGUGCGACCGAAGCAAUGCCCAGCAGAUUGUUGCUGAAAUGUUGAACUAUCUGGAAACUGCUGAUUAUUCUAUUAGAGAAGAAAUUGUUCUGAAAGUUGCAAUCCUAGCUGAGAAAUAUGCAGUGGACUACACCUGGUAUGUGGACACCAUCUUGAAUUUGAUCCGAAUUGCUGGAGACUAUGUCAGUGAAGAGGUGUGGUACAGAGUAAUUCAGAUUGUAAUUAACAGAGAUGAUGUUCAGGGAUAUGCAGCAAAGACUGUUUUUGAGGCUCUUCAAGCACCAGCCUGCCAUGAAAAUUUGGUAAAAGUAGGUGGCUACAUCUUGGGAGAAUUUGGAAAUCUGAUAGCUGGGGAUCCCCGAUCUAGUCCUCUGAUCCAGUUUAACUUACUACACUCUAAGUUCCAUCUCUGUAGUGUCCCAACGAGGGCACUGCUUCUAUCUACGUAUAUCAAAUUCGUGAAUUUAUUUCCUGAAAUAAAAACUACCAUUCAAGAUGUACUACGCAGUGACAGUCAGCUAAAAAACGCUGAUGUUGAGCUGCAGCAGAGGGCUGUGGAGUACCUGAGGCUCAGUACAAUUGCAAGCACCGAUAUCUUGGCAACAGUGCUGGAAGAAAUGCCUCCAUUUCCAGAGAGGGAGUCUUCCAUUCUGGCCAAGCUGAAGAAGAAAAAAGGCCCCAAUACUGUUACAGAUUUAGAAGAGACCAAAAAGGAGAGAAAUUCUGAUAUGAAUGGUAGCACAGAAGCUACUCUCGUGAAUGCCAGCACUGCGUCUACUCCUUCUCCUUCAGCAGAUCUUCUGGGUCUUGGUGCAGCCCCAGUCACAAACUCUGUCCCGCCUCCGACAUCUAGUGGUAGCCUACUGGUGGAUGUGUUUUCAGACACGUCUGCAGCUCCUGCAUCUCUUGCUCCAGGUUCUGAAGACAACUUUGCAAGUCCUGACCUGGCUUCAAGUGAGCAGGUAGUUUCUGAGGAACCAUCUGAUGCUGUGCAUGAUGCCGAUGAGCUUUUUCACAAGUUCAUUUGCAAAAACAAUGGAGUCUUAUUUGAGAAUCAGUUGCUACAGAUUGGUCUGAAAUCUGAAUUUCGUCAGAACUUGGGUCGGAUGUUCAUAUUUUAUGGUAACAAGACAUCAACACAGUUUUUAAACUUUACUCCAACACUAAUCUGCUCAGAUGAUCUUCAGUUAAGCCUGAAUCUGCAGACAAAACCAGUUGAUCCCACUGUGGAAGGAGGUGCUCAAGUGCAGCAAAUUGUAAACAUUGAAUGCUUAUCAGACUUCAUGGAAGCUCCAUUCCUCAAUAUUCAGUUCAGAUAUGGAGGGACAUUGCAAAACGUAUCUGUAAAGCUGCCUAUUACACUGAACAAAUUUUUCCAGCCUACAGAAAUGAACUCUCAGGAUUUCUUCCAGAGGUGGAAACAGCUGAGCAGCCCCCAACAAGAAAUGCAGAACAUAUUUAAAGCAAAACAUCCAAUGGAUACAGAAAUUACAAAAGCAAAGAUCAUUGGCUUUGGCACAGCUUUACUAGAAGAUGUGGAUCCCAACCCAGCUAAUUUUGUAGGAGCUGGCAUCGUCCACACAAAAUCAAUACAGAUUGGCUGUUUGAUGCGUCUUGAACCUAACCUACAGGCACAGAUGUACAGAUUAACCCUACGAACAAGCAAAGAAACAGUAUCCCGGAGGUUGUGUGAAUUGCUGUCAGAACAAUUCUGAACCAAAAUGGAAGACCAAUUUUGAUUUUCCAUUUUUUUUCACUGUCCUUGUCCAGCUCCAGAAACAUCUUAUACACCAGUGUCUGCAAAAAUAACUGCCACCAGCUUCACAUCCCUGCCUUUCAAUAUCCUAUCUGUUUUAUGCAAAAUAUAUAUUUUCUGGCAUGAAGAGGCAAGGGGGGUGGUCUGUAUGGGUCAACUGUGCUCCAUUUACUUUGACAUAAGUUGUUUUUGUUUAAAAAAUCCCCUUUAACACUGGUUCUGUGAAAUGUGGUUUGUUUGAAAUACCACUGUAAAUUGUUAGGAAUGUGCUGCACUUGGCACUUUUUCUUCCAAUUGAAGAUAAUUCAGUGAGUUUCUAGAUAAAAAGGGUUGCACUGGUCAUAGUGCUGAUGUACUCUUGUUAUUCAGUCUUCUAUGACUCAUCUCGUAAGGGGUGUAUGGAAGAAAUCUCCAGAGUGUGACAGCAGCAUCUGUUUCUACUCUGGCAGAUUGUCACUGGUGUCCCUUGAUCUGGAGAGGGUUGUGAACAUUUGCUGUCUAAAGACUAUUUGGAGACCCAUUACUGCACAUAAUUCAUUGACUUCCUUAGACACCUUGACUUAAGAGCUUUCAAUUCUGCUCCUCCACGUCCCCCAUGUUUUGAAUGACCAAAGAGUACUUGUCUUGUCAAAUGUUUAAGUAUGUUGGAUUCUCUUGUGCAGUGUGUUUUUUCCAAAGCUCUAGUUAAUCCAUCUAAACAUCUGUUCUCUUGGGCUGUAAAUAGUUAAAGAAUCACGUGGAAAUAUUCUUAGAAGCUAACACUUUCCCUCCAAAAAUCUAUGCAUUUGCAUUUUGCUUGCCUGCUUCCAAUUUUUAUGAUGAAUGUGGAAUUUCCAUUUAAUAAUUGAUUGAUCAUAUCACUGGCUAGCUGGCUCGGAUUCUGGAUGCUCUAGUUUAUUCAGAUUAACUACAGACUACAGCAAGUAAGAAUGGUUGUUACUAUUGUUUGGAACAACAAUGUCAUGUCCGCGAAUGACACUGUUCGCGAAUACAGUGUCAUGUCCGUUGGUCUGGACUGUCUGUUUAUCAUCUCUAGACUUUAUUGCUCUAUUCUAAGUAAAUACAGUAAUGAUGCAUGGCUUCUGUUGCUUUACAUGAUUUAUGCAUUCAUAAUAUAUCAUGGAACAACAGGAUGACUAUUACUUUUAUGUAAAUAUAAUUAAUUUUAAACUGACUUCAGACACGCACCUCUAAGAAAUGCAUUUGUCAUGAUCAUUAUAUAGGAAGGCUAAGGGGAAAAUAUAAUACUAAGAACUUUUUUGGGCUGAUCACAAAUUUUUCUUGGUAUUUGAGUUAGUAUAUAUUUUUAAAAAAUCCAGGACUAGGCUAUCAGAGGUGUUGCAUCUUCUUACAUAUAAAUUAUUAAAUUGGAAUCUAAGAGGGUUUUAUUUUCAAUUUCUCCAGCUAGAUUUAGUAUACUGAAGCACAUUGUAUUGACCUAGGUGGCAUGUAAUGGUAAAGUGAUUAAAACUAGGAUGUUUAUCUUUUAUAUUCUCCUAUCACUGAGGAAAUUUUAGGGAUUAUCACUACGACAGACACCUUCAUCUACCACAAUUGCACCCUCAGUUGCUUCUUCUGAAGCUUGUUUUUAUACAGCAGAUAUCCUUGUGAAGAAAUACCAUUUCAUAUUUUAACACAAGUCAGUCUCUCUCUUGAAGCAUGGUUUGUUUGUCCUUUAAUGACACCUCGAGAUACUCUUCUUGUGUACUGUCCAUUGGUACAGUUUUUGUGAAGAAAUGUGAUUUUUCCAUACAAAGCCAGGGGACUCUGAAUAGACAGUCAAAUGAUAAACUGUAAAUAUAGUUAAACUUACUUUAUGCAAAAGACUUCGCUUCUAAUAUGAGCCAUGCAGGCAUUGUUUUGAAGAAAACUGAGAUGUCUAUUUUUUCUGGGAUAAAUAACUUGUUUACCAGAGUUGUGAGUCCUUCUUUAUGUCAAAGAGAAGGAACCAUUUCUGUGGCUAAAGCAGUAUUAGUAAUCAAGGUACAGUAUUUGUUACAUUGACAUGUGAAAAAUGCCAGAACAGGAAGACAAAAUAUUCUGCACUUCUAGGCCUGCACUCCAAUAUGUAAUGUGUAUCAUUUCACUUGUAAAAAAGAAAAAAAAAGAAACUACACAAGCUUAUGUGGUAGACUUCCGUUAUUAUGAUUGUACAAAAUUUGAAAAGACGUAGAUCUAAUCAUGUUAUCUUUAUUGAAAAAAAUAAAUGGCUAGAAGAACAAAA